AUGGCAGGCAAGGGUAAGACAGCUGUGAGGACGCUGGAGGAUUUAACGCUUGAUUCCGGUUAUGGUGGAGCGGCGGACUCCUUCAGGUCGUCCAGCGUGUCACUCUGUUGCUCGGACACGCAUCUGUCGUAUGCGCAUGGGGGCAACUGCUGGCAUCUGACGGAAUCCAUGCACAGUAGGCACAAUAGUUUGGAUACUGUCAACACCGUCCUGGCAGAAGAUACAGAAAUCCUGGAGUGCUCCGGUCAGUGUGCGAAACUCCCCGAGCUGGAGGACGUGCCGUGGAGCCUCGGUGAGGUUGAAGGCGCGCUAAGAAAGGAAGAGGAGCUCGGCGUGGGGAACGCGUCGAGAGAGAUCCUCAGUAAGCUCUCUGCUUUGGUGAGUCGGGCGCUUGUGAGGAUUGCCAGGGAAGCGCAACGCUUGAGUUUGCGCUAUGCCAAAUGUACCAAGCAAGAGAUUCAGAGCGCUAUCAAGAUGGUCCUUUCCUGGACCAUUUCAGUUAACUGCAUCACAGCAGCUCUCAGCGCCUUGUCGCUAUACAACAUGAGCACGGGAGACAAGUUUAGUCGGGGCAAAUCGGCAAGAUGCGGACUGGUUUUUUCCGUGGGGAAGUUCUUCAGGUGGAUGGUGGACAGCCGGGUGGCUCUGAGGGUUCACGAGCAUGCAGCCAUAUACCUGACUGCCUGCAUGGAGAGCCUUUUCCGCGAAGUGUUCAGCCGGAUCCAACGAAGCGCGAUGGUUGAGAAAGAGAACGGAGUUCCUAAGUUUACUUUAGAGUCACUGGAACAAGCCAUAAAUAGUGACUCGGAGUUAUGGGGUCUGUUGCAGCCGUAUCAGCAUCUUAUCUGUGGGAAGAAUGCAAGCGGUGUGCUGAGUCUUCCAGACAGUCUGAACCUGCACCGGGACCAACAGAGAGCAGGAAAGGGAGGUGAGGGGUAUUCCUACACCCAGGCGGAGCUCCGCACCAUCGAACAGUGCCUCCUGGCCACACGGGUUGGAAGCAUCGCUGAGCUCAGUGAUCUGGUGUCACGUGCCAUGCACCACCUCCAGCCUCUCCACAUUAAGAACCCUAGCAACGGAACCCCUGUGCACCAGAACCGUCCUGCCAGCACUGUCCACUGGGAGCCCGAGGCCCUCUAUACCCUCUGCUACUUCAUGCACUGCCCCCAGAUGGAGUGGGAGAACCCCAAUGUGGAGCCCUCCAAAAUCACCCUACACACUGAGAGGCCGUUUAUUGUGCUGCCGCCUCUAAUGGAGUGGAUCCGGGUGGCAGUGGCUCACACUGAGCACCGACGCAGUUUCUCAGUGGACAGCGAUGAUGUCCGCCAAGCUGCCAGAUUACUGCUACCUGGAGUGGACUGUGAGCCCAGACAACUGAAAGCAGAUGAUUGCUUCUGUGCCUCUCGCAAGCUGGAUGCUGCGUCCACAGAGGCCAAGUUCCUGCAGGACCUGGGUUUCCGCAUGCUCAACUGUGGUCGAACUGACCUGGUUAAGCAAGCAGUCAACCUGCUUGGACCAGAUGGAAUCAACAGUAUGAGUGAACAGGGUAUGACUCCACUCAUGUAUGCCUGUGUGCGUGGCGAUGAGGCCAUGGUUCAGAUGUUGCUGGAUGCUGGAGCUGACAUCAACAGCCAGGUGCCCAGCUCAGUACACAAGCACCCCUCAGUUUACCCUGAAACGAGGCAGGGGACUCCACUCACAUUCGCCGUGUUGCACGGACACGCCCCUGUCGUGCAGUUACUCUUGGAUGCCCGAGCCAGUGUGGAAGGUGCUCUUCAGGACGGAGUGGAAAACUAUGCUGAAACUCCCCUGCAGCUGGCCUCGGCUGCAGGAAACUUCGAGCUGGUCAGUUUGCUUUUGGAGAGGGGGGCAGAUCCUAUGAUCGGCACUAUGUACCGCAAUGGCAUCUCUUCUGCUCCAUUUGGGGAUAUGAAUUCAUAUAGCCUAGCUGCAGCACAUGGCCACAGGAAUGUGUUCCGGAGGCUUCUGUCUCAGGCUGAGAGAGAUAAGGGGGACGUACUCUCUCUGGAGGAAAUCCUGGCAGAGGGUUCUGAGCCAGGUGAAAAGAGAGCUCCUCAGUCAGAGGGGACCUUGCGAACGAGCAAGGCCAAACUUAGGGCCCUAAGAGAAGCCAUGUACCACAGUGCAGAGCAUGGACAUGUGGACAUCACUAUAGACAUCCGCAGCCUGGGCGUGCCGUGGACACUUCACACUUGGCUAGAGACUCUGCGGACGUGUUUCCUUCAGCAGCGGCGACCGCUCAUCCAAGGCUUGCUGAAAGACUUCAGCUGUAUACAGGAAGACGAGUACACAGAAGAGCUGGUCACGCAUGGCCUGCCACUCAUGUUUCAGAUCCUUAGAGCCAGCAAGAAUGAAGUUAUCAGCCAACAGCUGUCAGUAAUCUUCACUCAAUGUUAUGGACCUUUCCCAAUCCCCAAACUGACAGAGAUCAAAAGGAAGCAGACCUCCCGCCUGGAUCCACACUUUCUUAAUAACAAAGAGAUGUCAGACGUGACUUUCCUGGUGGAAGGAAAACCAUUCUAUGCCCACAAAGUGCUGCUUUUCACCGCUUCAGCAAGGUUUAAAUCUUUGCUUUCCAACCGACCAGCUUCAGAGAACACCUGUAUUGAAAUAAGUCAUGUCAAGUACAACAUCUUUCAGCUGGUUAUGCAAUACCUGUAUUGUGGUGGUACCGAAUCUUUGCACAUCAGGAACACGGAAAUCAUGGAGCUCCUGUCUGCAGCCAAGUUCUUCCAGCUUGAUGCCCUUCAACGACACUGUGAGAUCAUCUGCUCCAAGAAUAUCACCACAGAAACAUGUGUGGACAUCUAUAAACAUGCCAAGUUCCUCGGUGCAAAUGAAUUGGCAGCCUUUAUUGAGGGCUAUUUCCUGAAAAAUAUGGUGCUCCUGAUUGAGCUGGAGAACUUCAAACAGCUUCUGUAUGAGGUUCCUGCUGAGAGCCCUGGCCCAGGCCCCUCAUACGACGUUCUUCACAACCUGGAGCAAACCCUGGUCACUCGCAUACGCUCAAUCCACCUUUCCUCCUCCAAGGGCUCUAUAGUGUGA